AUGGCAGAGCUGACGACUCUGGCGCAAUUGUUAAAUGCAACGUUAGAUCCAAAGCAAAACAAGCAGGCUGAAGCGCAGAUAAAAUCUCAAGAAGCACAGCCAGGCUUCGCUCUCCUCCUCCUGCAAAUCACCGCCUCAGACUCCCAUCCUCUGCAGACACGACUUGCAAGCGCCCUUUUCUUCAAGAACUUCGUCAAAAGGAACUGGACCGAUGUUGAGGGGAACUACAAGUUGCAAGAGCAGGAUGUGGUGGCUAUCAAGAAAGAAAUCAUCGGCUUGAUGAUAUCAGUCCCAUCGAAUAUACAAUCACAGCUUGGCGAGGCCGUAAGUAUAAUAGCAGACAGCGACUUCUAUGAGCGAUGGGACACGCUGGUUGAUGAUCUGGUUUCUAGAUUGACCGCGGACAACAUCAAAGUGAACACUGGUGUCUUACAGGUCGCUCACUCCAUAUUCGGCAGAUGGCGCCCUCUAUUCCGAUCAGACGAGCUGUACGCAGAGGUCAACCAUGUCAUUCAAAAGUUCGGCUCGCCUUUCUUGACUUUGUGGCAGACCUUGGAUUCCUAUAUCGACAGUCAUGCUAGCGAUACUACUGCUCUCAAGGCAGCCUUUGUCGAGCUGGAUCUAAUAUUGCAACUUUUCUACGAUCUUUCAUGUCAGGACCUGCCUCCUGUUGUCGAGGAUAAUCUGGCUGGCAUAGCCGGCCUCCUGCUCAAAUACUUGACAUACGACAACAAAGCACUACAAACUGAAGAUGAGGAUGAGGCUGGACCAUUACAAACCACGAAGGCCAAUAUCUUCGAAGCGCUAACUCUGUAUGUCGGAAAAUACUACGAGGAUUUCGCCAAGCAUGUGCAAGGCUUUAUCCAGAGCUCAUGGACUCUGCUCACCACUGUUGGUCCAGAGCCCAAGAACGACAUCCUAGUUAGCAAGGCAUUGCAGUUCUUAACUUCUGUCACCAAGAUCAACGAGCAAGCCCAGAACUUCAACGAUCCGAAUGUGCAGUCCCAGAUUGUGGAAAAGGUUGUUGUGCCGAAUGUUGCUCUACGCGACUCGGACGUUGAGACCUUUGAGGACGAGCCAAUAGAGUUCAUUCGUAGGGACCUGGAGGGUUCCGACAGCGAGACCCGUCGGAGAGCCGCAUCCGACUUCUUGAAAGAACUCAGUGAUCAGUUUGAGGAGUCUGUCACCUCGAUAGGCAUGAGUAUUAUCGAAAAGCUAUUGCAAGACCACAAAUCCAAUCCUGCUUCGAAUUGGCGGUCAAAGGAUACAGCGGUCAAUUUAUACUAUGCAAUCGCCGCAAAAGGAACAGCAACAGUCAGCCACGGUAUUGUAAGCGUCAAUCAGCGUGUCAAUAUCGGCGACUUUUUUUCGCAAAACUUGGCAGCAGAUCUGCAAGAUGCUAAUGCUCAACCUCUACUCAAAGUCGAUGCUAUCAAGUAUUUGUAUGUCUUCAGAAGUCUGAUGGGUAAAGAUCAGUGGCAGCAAGUCAUUCCACUACUGGUCAACCAUCUUGGUCACUCCAACUAUUGUGUCUACACUUAUGCUGCCGUGGUCACCGAAAGAGCUCUGGCACUGAUCGAUCAGACCACCAACAAGCCCAUCAUCGACCCUGCGAAUAUUGUUCCUCUGGCCAAAGACCUGACAGAACACUUGUUCAGUCUCAUACUUCGAGAUCGACAGCCUGCGAAAGUGCAAGAGAAUGAAUUCGUGAUGCGCUGCAUCAUGCGAGUGCUUAUUGUCUUGCGAGAAGAGAUCAGUCGAGUAGCAGGCAGCGUACUACACCACCUCAUCGACAUCACAAACAUCAUUGCCACAAAUCCAAGCAAUCCUCGAUUUUACUAUUACCACUUCGAGUCGAUUGGCGCAGUCAUCCGCUUCAGCGCAGCCUCAACUGCCGAAUCCUUAUGCACAGCCCUCUACGGCCCAUUCACGAAUAUUCUUCAAAACGGCGUCGACGAAUUUAUGCCAUACGUCUUUCAAUUGCUUGCAGCCUUGUUUGAAAAGGAACCCAUUAAGCCCUUACCACAAAACUUCUCCCCUCUGGUUGCACCAGUGCUUAGUCCUGUCUUGUGGGAACAGAGAGGCAAUGUACCAGCUCUGGUCCGACUGCUCUCGGCCAUUAUUCCACGAGCAGCAGACGAUCUUGUCAAGAACAAUCAGUUACCCAACGUGCUAGGCUUGUUCCAGAAACUGGUAUCAACAAAGACAAACGAGGGAUAUGGCUGCGACCUUCUCGAAGACUGUGUUACCUCAUUCUCCCCGGAAGCACUGAAACCCUACUGGACUGACAUACUCAAUAUCAUGCUCACGCGAUUGCAAGGCAAACAAGCAGCCAGUUUCCAAUCACGCUUUGUUCGCUUCUACCACUUCUUUGCAUCACAAGAUAAUCGAGGCUUAGGAGCUGAUGUCUUUGUCGUCGAAACAGAUAAAAUCCAGAACGAUGUCUUUCGAGGCUUAUACCUUUCCAUUAUCUUGCCGAAAACACAAGAACUCGCUCGUCCGAUCGACCGAAAAAUCGCUGCAGUCGCCCUAACCAAGACGCUUGCAGACUCCCAAGCGUUCGUCACGCGAUACCCGAAAGGCUGGCCACUGACUUGUAAUGCUUUACUGAAGUUGUUGGAGAACCCGCCGGUACCUCCAAAAAGUGAUGACAUGAUUGUGGACCAAGAUGUGGAAGAUACGGUAUUUGGUGUUGGGUUUACUGCAUUGAACACUGUCAGAAAAGUGCCCCAAGACCCAUUUGAGAAUAUUACUGAUUUGAGAAAAUGGGUUGGACAGCAUUUGAAAGAAGCUGACCAGAGAAACGGAGGGAGAAUUGGACAAGCCGUAGGUGGAAUGGAUUCUGCUGCCCAGCAAGCCCUACAGUCAUAUAUGAGCUCGUAG